CAUGGACUUUAGCAAUUUAGACUUUAGAAGAAAGAUAUGGAGAAACCUAUAACAACUAAAGGAAGAGUCAAAAUAAAGAUCCUGAAAUUGAGGCUCUUGUGGAGAAAAUACUUAAGGUUCACUUGCUUUAGAUUAUUGUCAAUUCAUUGAAUAUGAAUAUUAUUUGCUGACAUAGUCCGAGACUUGAAAGGACUGGUUGGUGUGGAAAUUUAAACACAUUUCAUUAUACAUGCACCACCCAAAGUUCUGUAAAUUUCUGUUUACUUGUGAUGUGUAAGCUUGUCUGUAUAUAAGACAAGGUGUUACCUUGUGUAACGAUUGCAGGUAUCUAAUACCUCAUAUUCUGUGGGGAAAACCAUCACCUCAAGCUAGUGAGAUCAUAUGCCAUCAAUUUUUAUGUAGGGGAAUGGUAUAUUGGUAUUGUCAUUAUUAUUGCUAGUAUUGUUGUUAUUAUUAUAGAUGUUAAAGCAAGUCCAAAACAAUGUGUUCUUUACAUGAAAAGGUGUGGGACACCUCUACCACAAUAAGAACUCAACCCUUCACUCCCUAGUUGUCCAUGCUAGGGAAUUUGACCAAAUCUUUUCCUCUCCACAAUUGCACGCCCCAUAUAAAUACCCUUCACUCACUCCUUCCCCUUUAAAACCAAAACAAACUUGCACCACAAGUGCAGCUUCUCUCUCUUUCUCUCACAGUUCUUUGUUUCUUCUCCAUCUAGUAAGUGUGAAGGCAUAAACUUGCACCUAGUUGUUGUCACAUAAUACACUUUAACAAGUGUGUUUAAUUUUUUUGGUAGCUGUCUAUGUGGCUGUUUAUUGAUGUUUAUGUGGCUGUUUUAUGUCUAUUUCAGUGGCAGAAUUUGUCAAAAUCUGUUAUGGGGCUGUUUUGAUGUUGUUUUAAGCUAUUUCAGUGUGUUUAAUUUUUCUGGUAGCUGUUUAUUGCUGUUUAUGUGGCUGUUUUAUCUUUUUUUUUUUUUCUUUUUCUUUUUGUUUGGCUGACUAAAGUAGAUAUCAUUCAGUUUUAUGUUCUCUAACACUGUUGUCUUCAAGGUUGUCUCUAUGGGUCGCUCUCUUUUUAAAAAGUUGCUUUUUGACGACUCAGACGAGGAUGAGAUAAUGAGGCGAAUUCUUAAAGGUUCAACAGUACAACGUAAACGUCGUCGGUAUAUCGAACGUGAUCGUUUGGCAGGCCAUAAAAGACUUUAUCUCGAUUACUUUGCUGACACACCAGUAUAUCCUCCUAAUUUAUUUAGGAGGAGAUUUCGGAUGAGUCGAUCCCUUUUUCUCCGUAUUCAAUCUAGGGUAGAAACUUAUGAAUCUUAUUUUAUCCAAAAAAGAGAUGGUGCCCAAAAAUGGGGUUUAUCUUCUCUUCAAAAGAUAACAGCUGCACUUAGGAUGCUUGCGUAUGGAGUUACAGCUGAUUUUAUGGAUGAGUAUGUGCGGAUUGGAGAAUCCACUGCAAUGAAAAGUCUAAAAAAAUUUGUUAAAGCGGUGGUUGAUAUUUUCUCCAAGGAAUACUUGAGGUCUCCAAACAACGACGAUAUUGCUAGACUUUUAGCCAAUGGGGAAAGACGUGGAUUUCCAGGGAUGCUAGGGAGCAUUGAUUGCAUGCAUUGGAAAUGGAAAAAUUGUCCAGUUGCAUGGAAAGGUCAGUACUCUGGUCACAUUCAUGAGCCAACCAUUGUUUUGGAAGCAGUGGCAUCUUAUGAUCUUUGGAUAUGGCAUGCGUUUUUUGGGUUACCUGGGUCAAAUAAUGACAUUAAUGUAUUAGAACGGUCUCCUAUAUUUUCUGAGCUCGAACAAGGACGUGCUCCUGCAGUUAAUUACUCAAUCAAUGGUCAUGAGUAUAAAAUGGGAUACUAUCUUGCCGAUGGCAUCUAUCCGAAGUGGUCAACAUUUGUUAAAACAAUUCCAUAUCCACGAGAACAAAAAAAAAAAUUAUUUGCACAAGCCCAAGAGGCGAAUAGGAAGGAUGUAGAGCGUGCAUUUGGAGUUCUUCAAGCGAGAUUUGCAAUUGUGCGUGGACCUGCAAGAUUUUUCCAUGCUGAAACGCUCCAAGACAUCAUGAAAGCUUGUGUAAUUCUUCAUAACAUGAUCGUUGAGGAUGAGCGAGAUGUAAACGAAGCGGUGGAAUUAGAUUAUGAGCAAAUUGAUGACAAUCCUACCAUACAAAUGUCACGGGAGAACACAAAUACAUUUACGGAGUUCAUUGAAACCCAUCAAUGUAUUCGAGACCGUAAAAUUCAUUCUCAACUUCAGACAGACCUCGUUGAGCAUUUAUGGCAAUUACAAGGGGAGUUGUAGGAACUUAGUAAGUGUGUGAGUUAUGCUUGUGGUGUUUUAUUGUAAUUUGACAUAUAUAUGAGUCUUAUAAAGACAAAAUUUAUAGUUAUGUAUGUGGAUUGCAUUUAUAUAUAUGUAUGUGGAUUUUUAGAGUUUAUUGUUUAAUGGAUUUUUAGCGUUUAUUGUUUAUAGUUAUGUAUAGUCUUGCCCCUUGGCCAGCUUCCAGAUCUUAUUAGAGUUUAUUGUUUAAUGAAAGUGUAAUUUUCCAU